AUGGAUGGUGACAUUCCAGAAGAAGUUGACAAGUUAAUGAACCUGCAGCUUGAAAAAUCUGCUGCACUAUCGGUUCAAGGCAUUUCUUUGUGGGAGGUUGAAGUCAGUUCUGAGUUCAUAGGUGUACGGCGGCAUGUUGAUCUCCUAAACAAAACAUGCUCAUGUCUAGAGUUUCAGACAUUGAAAUACCCUUGCCGACAUGCAAUGGCCGCGGCUAGGCUUCGUCAAGUGGAGUACAGCAGUUUGGUUGAUCCAAUUCUUAAGAAAUCAAUUUGGAGUGCAACAGUUAGUGGCAAAAUCCUACCAGUGCCCGACCCUGACAACAUUCGUAUCCCAGCUGAGGUGCGUGACCUGAAUAUUAUGCCACCUAAGUCAAAACGUCAAUCAGGAAAGCCUACGACGAAGAGAAAACUUUCAGCAGGAGAGUAUCCUCAGGUUGCGAAAAAAAAGAAGCCAAACAAAUGCUCGAGAUGUGGAAAUCCCGGCCAUAACCGGGCAAAAUACAAGGAACCAUUGGGUUGA